CAUAUAUACAAGUUAUACUGUUAUACAAAUCACCAUAAGACAAAUCUUUCCUAUGGACCGCCUUCAACGCACUUUAUCGGAUAUCUCACACCAAAUAUCCAUAGACAACAGUCUAACAAAAGAGUCAAAUCCAACCGCAACCACAUCAACUUUGUUGUCCUUGGCAGCGAUAUCCGAAGUGGAAGAUGCAAAGUGCGAGUGUUGUGGCAUGUCUGAAGAGUGCACGCCAGAGUAUAUAAACCGUGUGCGUUCAAAGUUCUCAGGGAAGCUGAUCUGCGGGUUGUGCGCAGAGGCGGUGGAGGAAGAGAUAGAGAAGAUGAACAACAGUGAAGUGGUGGUGGAGAACCGGCGUGAGGAGGCAGUACAGGCCCAUAUGUGCGCAUGUGCCCGGUUCAACAGGUUAGGCCGGAGUUAUCCGGCGCUGUACCAAGCCGAGGCGGUUAAGGAGAUUCUGAAGAAGAGGUCUAAGAAGAUGGUUAGAGCCACCAAGUCUACCAAUUCUGAAAAAGGUGGCCUCACUAGGAGCUCUAGCUGCAUGCCUGCUUUGGCCAAGGAGCUAAAAGAUCGUACCUUGGUUAAUUAGUUUAUUUAAACACUCACUUUUAUCUUUAUGCAUGCUACUAUGUUCAUAAUAUAAAUAAAAAGAUAUAUAAACUUGUGUGUAAAGAUCGGGAGAAGGGUGUAACGUUAGUUACUUAGUUACAUGUAGUGAUUAAAUUGAUGGAAGUUUUUCAGUGUAUAGUGUUUUUUUUUUCCCGUGUAAGGUAUAGUCAGACGUUCUUCUCACUAGUACUAAAAUAUUUGUGAUCAACGGAUAAGAAA